AAUUUACAGUAAAUGCCCCCUUUCGAUUCCGCCCCCGGCUCUGGUUAACAGCCAAUCAAUUAAAAAGCCCGAAUGAAGCGUAACAUGUUGUUAGGAAUCAGAUUGCAAACGGUGUAACGUGUCAGGCCUUAUUUCUCUUUCUGUUUGACUGCGUCAGAAAGAUUCAACAACAAGCCUCCGGGUGCAGUGACGCACUGAUGGCGGUUUGGUGAUCGGGCACCAGUUCCUUUAGUCACAGCGUUCCUCGCAAAAUAAAAGGCCACAGACGUAAUAAGGGUCACCGCGCAUUUUGGCCAGAGGGAUGUUUCGGAUGUUUUUUUUGGAGCCGACUUCCUGAUGCCACACCUCCGCCUCGUUAUGAUAAAUACUGAGCAGACUUUCAUUUCACUCACCGGGAACCGGAUUCAAGUGCGCACCGUUGUUUUACAGUAGGAAGCCUUUUUUUUUUGUUGCUCCACAGUCAUGAAAGUCGUUCUAAUCGCUGCAUUGGUCGCCCUGAUUCAUGGCAGUUCAGCCACCCUGCUCAUCACAGGGCCCACGCAGCCCGUCCUGGAGGGCGAGAGCUUCACGCUGGAGUGUCGGUACUCCGACUCGGAGCUCAACAUCAGCCGGGUCCACUUUGAGGUCUUCUCCCAGCACAUGCGCCGCUGGAGUCCAGUGGGGGAGCGCUCCUGGUGCUUCUACACGACGCAGGUCGAGAGGACCGGGGACAGUCUGUCCCUGUCCGUGCGGCACGCAGGAAGGUACUCCGAGGGCCCCUACCGCUGCGUGUCCGACGCCCCGAAUGCCACCGCCACGGACCUCGCCUCCCGACUGCUGGAGGUCAAAGUGCACUAUAUGGGGGAGCUGUUGCUGACCAGGGAAGGCUACUCCAGCUACUUCGGGGCUCCGAAGGAGCUGAAGGUGCGGCUCGGGGACGACGUGGUGGUCAAGUGCUCCGCCAGCUCGUCGGAGGAGCCGACGUACCUCUGGAGCAAAGAGGGCGACGACUGGCUCCUGCCCUCCUCCACGCUGACGCUGAGGAAGAUCACGGCGGCGGACAGAGGACGGUACACCUGCGCGGCGACGCAUCCCUCCGUGGAGUCGCUCGGCAAGAAACGCACCAUCAGCAUCGCGGUGCUGCCAGAGGACGCCCGCUGGUACGAGUCCAGUAAUGGCCGCCUGGUGCUGAUGACCUCCACGGCGGCCCUCUCCCUCUUGGUGCUGGUCCUCUCCAUGACGGCGUUCCUGUGCCAAAGGGCCCGGCGCGCCAAGGCCUGCAAGGGACCCAUUGACGACCGUUCUCAGAAGAAGCCCAUCUACAAAAGCAGCGCCGAGUCCCUGCCCUCCUCCACCUGUGGAGACAAUCAGCCUCUGGUUUGACUGCACAGGCAGGUGGAAGGAUGAGGGGGGUGGGGGGGGUGGUGGGGCAUUGGAAGAUGGAGCAGAGUGCACGGGAGACGUAGUGGGCGAGCAGAAGAUAAGCGGGUGGAUGUGCAGGUAUCAGGGAGGGGAGGAGGGGGUAUUUUGUGUGUACACGUAAAGGCAAACGAUCACUUUACGCUGCUCUGCUCGCGCGUUUAGGCUCAAGUGCUCCUCGGACAGAGAGGUGGGCAAUUUUUCUUUUCAUUCACUCUGCGCCGUGGAAAACGGCGAGCUUUCAUUGCCAGCAAAAUGACGUGCGAUUAAUCUGGUGUACCGCCGGAGCUGUAAAGACUCCACGUGCAAUUCUCUCUUUUCUGCAAAUAUAAUUGCUCAGCUGUGUAUCACGAAUGAGCCAUUUGGGUGAGCAAGGUUUCAUUUUGUUGAUUUUCCUUCCCGGCCAGCCUCCUUUUGCGAAGCAGAAGCAGCUUCUUUGAGAAGGUGGUAAUCAUCUUUUUACUGUGACAGCUCUCAGGCACAUCACACUCCACCAUUUGAUUUACUGUACUAUGGAUUUCUUUGGUAUUAAAUGGCUUUCAGACAAUGUUA